AUGAGCAACAAUGACACUACAAAGAAGCAGACGGAGAGCAUCAAAGAACCAACAGAGGACGAGAAGCAAACAAAGGCAGAUGAAGCUAAGGAGCAAUUUGUGAUGCCAAAUAAAAGCACCAAAGAGAAGGACAAUCAGCCACAGAGGUCAAGGGAAAUGACUCAGGGACAACAGCAAAUAGGAAAGAGCAUCACUCCUCCAAUGCCAUAUCCUCAGAGGUUCAAUAAAGAAGUUAAGGACCAGCAUUUCCACAAAUUCCUUGAGACUUUCAAGAAGCUGGAAAUUAACAUUCCUUUAGCUGAAGCUCUUGAACAAAUGCCUCUUGCUGUGAUUCAACGGGGCAUUCCACCAAAACUCAAGGAUCCGGGAGGCUUUGUAGUAUCGUGCACUAUUGGCAAAACAAUUCUCAACAAAGCUCUCUGUGACCUUGGGGCCAGCAUCAAUUUAAUGCCUCUUUCAAUGAUGAGAAAGCUUGAUAUAGAAGAGCUUAAGCCCACUAGGAUGUCAUUAGUUAUGGCUGACAGAUCCAUCAAGACACCCAAUGGAAUUGUGGAGAAUCUGUUGGUGAAGAUUGGGGAAUUUAUCUUCCCAGCAGAUUUUGUGAUUUUGGAUACUGAAGAGGAAGGAAGCGACUCAAUCAUUCUAGGAAGGCCAUUUUUACACACAGCAAGAGCCAUCAUUGAUGUAGAAAAAGGGGAAAUGAUCUUCAGAGUCCAUAAUGAACAAAUGAUCAUAAAUGUUUCAAGUCAAUGCAAAACAUUCCGGAGCAAGAGGACUACGUAA